GAAAAACCUGUUGUUAUAUGUUGCGUACCCUUUAAAAUAACAAACAACUGGAAAGUAAAUUAAAAAAAUUGACCACCGAUCUUCUUUCCCACUCUACCCGUUAACUAUUUGCUCGAGACAAAGCCGAUUCUCAGACAACGGAGAUCAUCAUCGCCGGCCGGCCGUACGUGCAGCCCGUUUACGUCAUCGAGAGCAUCAAUUUCGGUGACCACUCCCAGCGAUUCGAACAACAAGAGGAGAAAUUCUCAGAGGAAAGGGAAGAGGGAAGGCAGAAGAAAAUUCGAGAGGAGAUUGACUUGUGCAACUGCUACAAAUUGAAGAUUCGUGUUGAUUGUUAGAAUUGUGUUGAAAUGGAAAAUAGAGUUGAAAUGAGCUCAAGAAUAUGUGAUAAGAGGAGAUGAAGCCAUACUUUUUUACUAUGGAAGUGUGCGUCAACAGUACUUCCACGGUAGGAAUAAAUAUGAUGAAGGAUAAGAUAUAUUCAUAAAUGGAUAGAAGUUCAAGGAGAGGAGCCUCUGGGCCUGGGUGAUUUGAUCUUGCAGAUGCUUUUUGGGUGGGAGGCGGAGCACUUAGGGCUAAUGUUGUAAUUGCUGCAUUAAAAUCCUUUAAAUUAAAGACAAACUUUUGUUUCUGUGCUUUCAUUUGAAAAAAGUUUGUGGCACUGUCUUCCCUUUUGUGAUCAAUCUUAUACCCUGGCACUUCUAUUUUUCUAUGGCAGUCAAAACAUUGGAUAUUGGAAUGGAAUUGGCAGAUCGAGCAGUUGGAUUCCUACUAUGUCUUAUCAGCUUAUCCGUAUUUACUUAUUAUACUUUUUGGGUCAUCAUUUUGCCAUUUGUAGACACUGAUCACUUCAUCCACAACUAUUUUCUACCUCAAGAAUAUGCCAUACUCAUCCCGGUAUUUGCUGGUGUUGUGCUCCUCUCGUUCUUAUCCGUAUUUAUCGGGCUGGUGAUGCUUCAAUCCAAAAAGAAGAAGGCUUGAUCUUCUACACUAUUCUUCUUUUUUUCUCUCUCCAUCAUUUCAUUCUGUGUUAUCAGGCCUCGGUUUUGACAAGAACACAGGUUUGCAGGGUAAGAUUUUAGAUGAAUGAAAACCUCCUCUCUUUAAUCUCCUUUGUCAAUUUAUAUUUCUUAAUUUGCAAAGUUACAUUAUUAAUACAGAACAAUGAAUUCUCAAGCCGAAAUCCUUGUUUGUGAAUGUGUGUGUGUAUAUAGCUAUACAUAUGUAUGCGUGGGUGUAAGAGUAGGUUUUAGAUAGUAGGCAAUCUUACUCGGUAUAUUUUCAAUUUAACUUUUGUUACUUUAA